AUGGCGGGUAUUCUGCACCUUCAUGGCGUCUUUAUUUGCGUCUUCGUAUUUGGCGAUGGUGAUCCUGCAACUACUACUGGUAGUACUAAUUAUACCACCAUUGAAACAACUACUACUGGUAGUACUAAUUAUACCACCAUUGAAACAACUACUACAGGUAGUACUAAUUAUACCACCAUUGAAACAACUACUACUGGUAGUUCUAAUUAUACCACCAUUGAAACAACUACUACUGGCAGUACUAAUUAUACCGCCAUUGAAACAACUAAUACUGGUAGUACUAAUUAUACCACCAUUGAAACAACUACUACUGGUAGUACUAAUUAUACCACUAUUGAAACAACUACUACUGCUAGUAAUGGUUGUCCAGCUUCGUCUCCAAGGAACAGUUACAGAAGUAGUGUGUCAUCGUUAUCUUUUAAGGUAAUUUUCAUGGUCACUGGUGCUAAAGAAUUGCAGUUUGGACACCAGGAUGAGUCGCCUUCGGUGGCGGUCGACGCGGGUGUGAACGGUGCGGCGGUGGUGGUGGUGGCAGCAGCAGCAGCAGUAGCAGUAGCAGCUGCCCUAGGUGGUCUUUGGACUACCCCAGAGGAAGAGUAG